UGGCUGCGCCCAUGGUUGUUUUCUUAGCAUGAAAUGAUGAAUGAUGAACAAUGUGUGCAAUUGAAGUGGAUUAAAAUGCUAAAUAUUCCAAGAAAAUAAAAACAAGAUUUUUGAUGAAACGUAAGACGUAACCUGUGAAAUCUAACUGUUGGCUUAAAAAGAAACCAUGUCAGCUCAAUCAACAGUAUCCAAAUUAUCCAAGUCAGAUCGUAAACUUCAGAAAAAGAUCGCCAAAUCACAGAGAACGUUAUUAAAACACGAGGGAAUCGAAACGUCAGAAAAGACAACCAAGAUUUUAUGUGUGAACAAUGCAGGGCUGGAUGUUGGAGUGUCCUAUGAUGAGGUCCAUGAGGUGUUUAAUCCUUUUGGGAAAGUGGACGAAAUAAUCAUGCUCCCUUUGAAACCUUAUGCUUUUGUCUGUUACCAAGACUUAGAUUCAGCAGAGAGAGCCAUGAAUCAACUCAAUGGUACGAGUCUCCCAGAGACCUCCAGCAGGAAGCAAAGUGCCACACUCUACAUCUUCUUUGUCUCUAAAGUUCCAGUGGGACUCUCUCCAUCACCCGACCUUCCCCCGGGGCUGGUCGUCCUGACAGACUUUGUGACAGAGGAGGAGGAGAGGGGGUUCCUGUCUGCUGUGGACUGGGGAUCCUCUCCAGGGGAAAGAAGGGAGUUAAAACACAGACAGGUCAAGCAUUUUGGUUUUGAGUUUAAGUAUGGAAUCAAUGAUGUAGAUGCAGAUGACCCUCUUCCCCAGGGAAUUCCUCCGGUCUGCUCUAACUUCCUCCAGAGGGCACUGGCUACAGGUCAUGUAACCCACUACCCUGAUCAGCUGACAGUCAACCAAUACCAGCCAGGUCAAGGUAUUCCCUCUCAUAUUGACACUGGUCCUGCUUUUGAAGAUGGUAUCAUGUCUCUAAGCUUAGGAUCUCAGGUUUUGAUGGACUUCCAUCACCCUGACGGCAGACAGUUGUCAGUUCUACUUCCUCCCAGAAGCCUGCUCAUCAUGACCAGGGAAUCCCGCUAUGUCUGGUCACAUGGCAUCACCCCAAGGAAGUCUGACAUUGUCCCAUCUGCGGAGGGUAACCUUAAUGUGGUUCCUCGGGGCGUGAGGACAUCCUUCACCUUCAGAAAGAUCAUCCUCCCCGCCGAGAGAAAGAGGAGAGAGGCACAGCAAGGGUCUGAAAACAGACCCACAAUUCCUGUGUCCUCAUCAGAGGCAGAGAAGCUGGAGACUCAUCAUGUUCACCAGGUAUAUGAGGAGAUAGCCUCCCACUUCAGUGGCACCAGACACUCUCCCUGGCCCAGAAUCAGCGAGUUCCUCCUCAAGCAGCCCCCCGGGUCAUUGAUGGCUGAUAUUGGGUGUGGGAACGGGAAAUACCUUGGGAUAAACAAAUCUCUCUACCAGAUAGGGUCCGACAGAAGCUUCAAACUGACAGAGAUCUGUAGGGAGCGCGGAUUCCAGGCAUUUGUAGCCGACGUUCUCUCUGUUCCUUUACGAUCGGAAUCUUUUGAUGUCUGCAUCUGUAUCGCUGUCAUUCAUCACCUGUCCACAGAGGAGAGGCGAAUCCAUGCAAUAUCUGAGCUGGUCCGCGUCCUUCGACCCGGGGGUCAGGCUCUUGUUUAUGUGUGGGCGAUGGAACAGGAAAUAAACAAAGUCAAAUCAAAGUACCUCAAGGAGAAAGAGUUUGAUGGGUUACCAAGUGUCAAAGAUGACUCCAACAGCCACGGAAAUGGCUGUAAACAGACUGGUGAAGACUCAAAUCAACAACACAUUAGUGAUGAUAGCGGUGAUAUUUCUAGCAAUUCAAAACACCAAGAAUGUGAUGUAGUCAAAAGUGAUAACUCUUGUCAAUGGACAGAGAGACAGACCACAGAAAUAUGUGAUGAAAAUAGUCAUGAAAUUCGACAGAACAGUGAUAGUAAAAUGAAAACACAGACACACUUUGGUGUCAACAAACAACUGGAUUCCUUGAAUCUGCCUAAUAAGUCUUCAGAACAAUAUGGUAAACAACCUAAGGAACUAGUGGUCCACAAGAACCGGACCAACUUCCAGCAACAGGAUCUGUUAGUCCCGUGGCAGCUGAAGGGUGGAUCUAGGAGUGAGGCUGGGGGAGGGGAGCAGGUGUUUCAUCGGUUCUACCACGUGUUUCAGCGCGGUGAGCUGGAGAGGCUGUGUGGUCAUGUGACUGGCUGUCAGGUUGUCAACGGUUACUAUGACCAGGGAAAUUGGGCAGUUAUACUGCAGAAAAUGUAAUUAAAGCAGACAUAUUAAAUGAUAAAACUUUG